GUGAGAAAGGAGACCAGGGCUUAGUUGGCCCUCCAGGUGACCAAGGACCCCAGGGAAUAAUGGGCUUGUGUCCCGCUUCCUGCGAGACCAUCCCAGGUCCACCAGGACCACAAGGAUCACCUGGGCCUGCAGGAGCCCGGGGUCUUCCAGGGCUGAUAGGAGCCAAUGGAGUCAACGGCACUAAGGGGGAUAAGGGGGACACGGGUAUAGCAGGUGUUCCAGGGUCUCCUGGUCCGAAAGGAGACCAGGGGGCCCAGGGGAUCUGUCAGUGCACGGACGGAGCCCCCGGGAUGCCCGGAGCCAAGGGCAGCAAGGGAGACAAAGGUGACCAGGGUCUACAGGGUACGCAGGGUCUCGCAGGGCUGAAGGGAGACCAGGGACCAGUGGGUGUCACAGGUCCAACCGGUCCCUGUACCCCAGCCAUUAAGUCCUCGUUCUCCGCCUCCCUCAACCAGUCUUACCCCGCCCCCUUUUGGCCCAUCAGUUUCCAGAACAUCCACGCCAACCCUCAGGGGCACUUCAACACCCCGAUGACGGGCAUCUACUCCGCCCCCAUCAACGGCACCUACGUCUUCUCCUUCCACCUGACGGUCGGGGUCCGGAUCCUCAAGGUGGGCCUCUACAAAAACUUCAUCCCCAUCCUCAAAGUGACCGGGACCACCAACAUGGCCACCGUCAGCGACACCAUCGUCCUGCCGCUCGCCAUGGGAGACAUGAUCUGGCUGCAGGUGAAGGACGCCACCACCAACGGGGUCUACACCGACAGCGAGUCCUCCAGCACCUUCUCCGGGUUCCUGCUGACCCCGGACUACUGCGACCUCGCCACGGGCAGAAGUCUUUUUGAAACUCUGCCCACCGCUCCUUCUGGAGGUUUUCCCAAUCAUAACUAAUCCAGCCUAAUCUGUCCUAAUCCGUCACUGAAGCUGGAGACGGAGGAGUUCUGAAUGUGAGAAGGUUUUAAAGGAGGGGUUUUUGUUUCACCUUUUUUUUUUUUUACUAAUUUUGACAAAAAAAUCCUGAUGCAUAAAUCUGAUCAUGAAGUCUUUUUAUUGACUCUUUUUGUGAAUAAAUUCAAGAUUUUAUACAGAAAAAAACUGCUGACGAGAAAUAAAAUAAAAUAAAAUGAACUAAUAAAAGCUGUUCUGUGUUUUAGCUCUAACCUGAGGUUUGUUCCAAACAUAAACAUAAAUAACAUCAAGAUAAAGACCCCUCCUUUAAACACGAGUUUAUUUUAGAGCUGCAGUUUUAGACGAGAAAAGCUUUUAUUUUUUAGACUCGAUUAUCUUGCUGAAGCUCAGUUUGCUUUUUAAAAUGUAGAUGAUUCAUAAAUAAAAUAAAUUAUAUUGAAAUGCAACUAAAGACGAUGCAUUCAUUUAAAAAACCUUAUUUUUAUUUCAGAGCAGAAACUGAAGCUAACUUUAUAAGAUUUACUUUUUUCUUGUAUAAAUCGUUUAAAAAUCUGUUUCAGAGGAAAUAAGAUUUCAAACAAACGGCUCAAGACUUUUAUUUUUUUAAACCCAGAUGACUUCCUGUUGGAGAUUUGUUUUUAAGGCUCUGAAAGUUUUAUUUUUUUUAGCAGCUGAUGAUUGAGUGAAAGUUGAAAGUGAAAAUGUUUGUCUGACUGAAAACAGAAAGUAAAAAAUAUAAAUCCUAAAAUCCUGUGAAUUUAUUCAGAUCUAAAUAAAGAACUUGUUGAAGUUUA